ACUUCUGUGAAGAGGGAAGAGUGAGAGAGAGAGAGGGAGACAGAGAAUGAAGAGGGGGAGAGGGCUGAAGGGAGGGUAGAGAGGGGAGGGAGGGAGAGAGAGCCAGGAGAUUGGGAAGAGAGCCUGUGAAGCUCUCAGCUCAUACGCACGCCGCCUCUGUUUGUAUACAGUGCGCCCUCCAGCCGGCAUCGCUCCCUCCUCUUUUCCUCCCGCUUCAUUGUUCUCCAAGUCAGAAGCCCCGCAGCAGUGGCAAAGAAAACAGCCUAAGCAAAGCUGCGCGCCGGCUGCGGGCUUCUUCACAGCCCCAGGUUUACCUAGGGAAAGCCACCCGGAGCCACGCAGCGCGGAGCCGCGCUCCCACACACAUCCCCGCCUCCCAGGACUCGUCUCCUCUUUCCUUCCCAGCUAUGACUGAGUUGCAGCACUUUGACUGAGCCGCGCUGGGUUAUUCCGGGAUCCUACCCGCCACCCUUUGCCAAAGAUCCGGCAAAAGAAGAAGAGGGAAGCGUUCUCUCCUUCUCCAUCCUCUUUCUCCUCUUCCUCUCUCUUCUAAAGAUUUUUUUUUCUUUCUUUCUUUAAGAGAAGGGUUGAGAGAAGAAGACAUAUUUUAGUGCACGCGAUCUCCUGGCACCCAGAGCCCUAUCUCUGAGAACCCCACCAGCUAGAUCCUCUCUCCUUCCCAGACCCCUUUCCCAACUGGGGUCGCGCCGGUGGAGAAAAGAUCAUGAACCGUUUGGUGGCUGCCUGGCUCUUGUUCGGUCUGAGCCUCUGCGUCCCUCAAUUCACCAAAGGUGAUAUUUGUGACUCCAACCCAUGUGAAAAUGGAGGAAUCUGUUUCCCAGGACAGACUGAGGAAUUUUUUUCCUGUGAGUGCCCAGAUGGCUUCACAGAUCCCAAUUGCUCUAGUGUUGUGGAGGUUGAUGAAGAGCCAACUUCAGCAGGUCCGUGCUUUCCUAACCCAUGUCAUAAUGGAGGAACAUGUGAAAUCAGUGAAGCUUACCGAGGAGAUACAUUCAUAGGAUAUGUGUGUAAAUGUCCUAGAGGAUUUAAUGGGAUCCACUGUCAGCACAAUGUAAAUGAAUGUGAAUUAGAGCCCUGUAAGAAUGGUGGAAUCUGUACAGAUCUUGUUGCCAACUAUUCCUGUGAGUGCCCUGGUGAAUUUAUGGGAAGAAACUGCCAGUACAAAUGCUCUGGCCCCUUGGGAAUUGAAGGAGGGAUCAUAUCCAACCAGCAAAUUACAGCUUCAUCUACCCACCGAGCACUUUUUGGGCUGCAAAAAUGGUACCCUUACUAUGCACGACUUAACAAGAAGGGGCUUGUAAAUGCUUGGACUGCAGCGGAAAAUGACAGGUGGCCAUGGAUUCAGAUAAAUUUGCAAAGGAAGAUGAGAGUCACCGGAGUUAUCACCCAAGGAGCUAAGAGGAUUGGAAGCCCUGAAUAUAUAAAAUCCUACAAAAUUGCAUAUAGUAAUGAUGGAAAGACUUGGGCAAUGUAUAAAGUGAAAGGAACCAAUGAAGACAUGGUGUUCCGUGGAAAUGUGGACAACAAUACACCCUAUGCUAACUCCUUCACUCCUCCAAUAAAAUCUCAAUAUGUCCGACUGUAUCCUCAAGUGUGUCGGAGACACUGUACUUUGAGGAUGGAGCUUCUUGGUUGUGAACUAUCUGGUUGUUCUGAGCCUCUGGGAAUGAAAUCAGGACACAUACAAGACUAUCAGAUUACUGCUUCCAGCAUCUUCAGGACUCUCAACAUGGAUAUGUUCACUUGGGAACCCAGGAAAGCCCGGCUAGAUAAACAGGGAAAAGUGAAUGCCUGGACCUCAGGCCACAAUGACCAGUCACAAUGGCUGCAGGUGGACCUUCUAGUCCCUACCAAAGUGACUGGCAUCAUUACCCAAGGAGCUAAAGAUUUUGGUCAUGUACAAUUUGUAGGUUCCUAUAAACUGGCAUAUAGCAAUGAUGGAGAACAUUGGACUGUAUACCAGGAUGAAAAACAAAGAAAAGAUAAGGUUUUCCAGGGCAAUUUUGACAAUGACACACACCGAAAAAACGUCAUUGACCCUCCCAUCUAUGCACGGCACAUAAGGAUCCUUCCUUGGUCCUGGUAUGGUAGGAUCACCUUGCGGUCAGAGCUGUUGGGUUGUACCGAGGAGAACUAACAAGGCCCAGUGCUUGGAAACUCUGCUCUCUAUAUCCUGAAAAAGUAUCUCCAUAGAAUAAACUGUGCAAAACCUGUAGGAAACUGAAUGUUUUGUUUGGUUUUUUCAUGAACAAGUGCUCAAUUUAUGGUAGGCCACUGUCUUUUGUUAGGAGGUCUAAGCCUGCCCUUUAAAUCUUCCAACCUGAUUUUUGUCCUUUAGAUCCGUUCAUGUACACAUUCUCUCUAACUGUGGAAAUUACCUUUCUCAUAUUCUUCUGAGUUGUUCACACUGGUUGAAAUAUGUUAGGAAAAGAGAGUCGUGUCUUUUUUUUUUUUUUUUUACAGUGAAGGCAGAAUGUUCUGAUUGCCUCAGUGUGGAGGCGGAGAAAGUGGAAACUAGCCUCUUACUUGUAAAAAAAAAAAAACACUGCAAAUUAGCAAUAAGUUUUGUUUUGUUCUCUUUUUUCCCUUCAUGAAAUAACUCAGCAUUAUCUUAAUUGUUUCCAUGUGCCAACCAAACAUUGUCAGUAUUUAUUGCACAUUUUUGAAAAAAGAAUCUGUGGUAUGCACUCCUUGUUGAUACUAUAUAAACUACCUUCCAAUUCUAUUCUUCAAUUAUUUACAAAGCUCUUGAAGUUUCUCCCCCACAUAAUUCUGUUCAGUUUUCUUUCAUUAGAGCAUGGCCUCAAUGCAUCUAACCUUUUUCAGUUAAAUUUCAUUCAAUUAAAAAAAGUUUUUGUUUAUAUGAGGUACAGAUCUUAAUAUGAGGCCCUUCUAAAAUGCCUGGUUCUGACUUGGGAAUAUCCAUGGCUUUAUUCUGAAUGGAAGCCAUACAUACAGAAAUACCACAAAUAAAUUUCCCCAAUCAUAUUAUCCUUUGGCAAUAUAGUUAUCAAAGGAAAACUGGAAAAAUAGCAUUGUAUUCCUUAAAGUCUACAUUUUCCACCAAUUAUCACAUUUGGUUUUAAAAAUUGUUAGCAGUACAAUUACAAACCCAGUUUAAUGUUAUCCUACAGCAAGGUUUCUUAACCUUGUUUAUCUGUCAUGGCCCCUUUGACAUACUGGAAAAGAAGUCUGGAAAUCCCUUUUUCAGAACAAUGCUUUUAAAAGUAUAAAAUAGAAUACAUAGGAUUACAAAAGAAACCAAUUAUAUUGAAAUCAUUGCCAACUUUUUAAAAUUUUUUUCAAUUAUCAGACAUUCAUUUCUCCGUCCCACCUCUUUCUACCUACUUGGAAGAAAGGAAAGAAAAAAGGAAGGAACUCCUGUAUCAUGAUCGCAGCCAAGCAAAACAUAGUCCAACAUAUUCCUACAUUGGUCAUGCCCCAAAUGAGUUUCUUAUUCUGCUUAUUAGUCUAACAUGUCUCUGUGUCAAGGUGGGCAGUGUCCUUCUUUAUCCGUCCCCUGGAGUCAUAAUCAUUUACUUGGUCAGAGGUCAUAAGUGUUUCAAAAUUGUUCAUUUUUAUAAUAUCGGUGUUAUAGUAGAAAUUGUUCUCCUGGUUCUGCUUACUUUACUCUGCACCAGUCCACACAUGUUAUUCAAUGUCUCUUUAAAACUGUCAUUUUACUCAUUCCUUACAGCACAAUGAUAUUCCAUUACAUUCGUAUACUACAAUUUGUUCAAAUUGUUCAAGUUUUUUUAAAUGUUCAGGGACCCCAAGUUAAUAACUCUAUUCUCCAGUAUGCUUGUUUUAAUACUGCGCUGCAUAAUUUUGCCCAAAGUGCUCAACUUGUAUGUUGUUUACUGCACUUCCAAGUAAAUAAAAUAAAAUUUCGCUGAGAUUGGAAACUGAUGUUCCUAAGAGAAAACACAUUUCACAAGCCUCAGUUGGGGAAGGGGGGAAAGAAACAUCCCCAAAGCUAAAACAGUCUUUUUUUCAAAAUGGAAGUCCAAUUCUACAUAUUAUUGCAUUUUAAGAACCCUGAAGACAUUUCUAAGCAAUUUUAGCAACAAUUAGGUACAGAGAGUGGAGGUUCUGCUCACCAAAAUCCCUCAAGUUACUUGAAUUUAAAAAAAAAUGAAAAGAAGAAUAAAGAAGCAGAGAUGUCUCCAAAAAAGUACUGAUCCUUCAAAGUGUAUUUAUAUAAGUAUUUAUUUUGUAAGGCUUAGACAUAGGAUUUUCAAAGACUUGAUUUAAGGGUCUUAUAAAGGUUAAAAGAAAGUAUGGUAUAUGUACAAAAUGUUACAGUCCUGUGCAACACCAUUAAAUUUUUCAGUUUUUUUUUUCAUUUGUGCUGCAUAACAAAAACCACUAGACUGUUACUGUCUUGUCUGUAAGUGUGCUAACAGCAUUCCUUAAUGAUGUAUAUACAAAGUGGUCUUCAAUCAUAGUGAACAAUUUAAAAGAGAAAGUCAAUCAUAAUGGCAUUUUUUCAAGAACAAAAGCUAUUGGUACAAGAAGAAGAUCAUAGAAGUUGGUCAUUGACCAGCAGCUUCAAAAGCAUCACUUUAGGCUCUAACAAUAAAGCUUUGUUUUAAAAUAUCUCAAUUGAUGAUUUGUUCCCAUUAGACUCCAAAAACUAGGUUGCUAUUUCCUCAAUUAUUACUUUACCCAUUUAUGUUACUUUCCAGUUGGAGUGGAAUUUUUUUUCAUUUAUCUUUUUUAUACAUAAAAUUCCUCGGUUCAUGAAAAACACAAUGAAAUGUCAAGGCUAAAGUCCUUUUUCUAUCAAAUUUGAUAACCUGAUUCCUUUCCCACUACAUUUAUUACCAGUCUCUUUUGUGGAUUGUGUUCCAUCCUUAAGAGGCUGAAGAGAGAGCUCAAAAUGUUAGGACUAAUGCUUUGUGGUGAUUUAUGGAGGGAAAAACAUCACUUAUGAUGCCAUCAGAUACUAUCCUGGGAUUUUUCUAGUGAUACUAUUCUUUUUUAUUAUCAGUUUGCUGGAGAUAUUGGUUAAAGCUACAACUGUAAAUUCAGUAAUAUGUUGGAAAACAUUGUAUUAUCUUGCUUUUGUAUUUCUUCACUGGCACACACAUUGUUUUGUCCACUGACACGAAGAGCAAAUGUGACUUACGUGUCACCUGUCUUUUUCUUAUUUGCUGGCAAUGGUGGAGUUUCUAUACAUGAAAAAGUUGAGAAAUGUUGUGAAGCAGUCCUUAGCUUUUGCAUCAAUUGUAUAAUGACCCUGAACUGGAGCAAAAAUGUUGGAUUUCAACUUCACACUCUGCCAGUUAAAUCUGAGUAGGCAGACCACACAGAAAGAUCUAGAUUCCAUCUUUUCAGGGUUUGAUAUACGUUAAUUCUGUGGCCUGGAAGUUCUAACACACACGCACACAAUGGUUUUAUCUAUGUCCUAAUAAAGCUUUUGUCACAGCCUCUGGUUCUGAUCUUUGCAUUGACUUUCUCUUUCGGAAUGAUUACAUACAGAUUAGUGUGAAUUCUGAAGACCUAAAGGUAGUAAUGAGUGUAUCUUUGCUAACCAACAACUUACAAACUAUAAUAUUCAGUGCUGGCUUCUGAUGUGUCAGUAAGUACAGAGGUAUCUGAGACACAUGACUUUUGCAACCUUUCAAGCUGUGUAAUAUUCAGAUGUUUUUGUAUAUACUUAAAUCAUGUAGAAUGAUGUAAAAGCAGUAUGACCUUGUCUAGUCUUCAAACUUACAAUAAAACUUUUGAAAAUCUA